AAUUGUCAUUAGAAAAUCCCCUGCAGUCGUUAAAACUCGAAGUCAUUCAAAUAUUUCAUUUUAACUCGAAAUGUUCGGCUCAAAGGCAACAUUUGAGAAAUUAGUUGACAAAGCAACAAGUCAGUUAAACUUGGAUCCAGAUUGGGAUUCCAUACUGCAAGUAUGCGACACUAUAAGAAAAAACGAAGUCUCGGCUAAGAAUGCUUUAACGUCCAUAAAGAAGCGUAUAAAUAGUGACAACCCUCGCACAGCAAUGUAUGCCCUCCAAGUGCUUGAAUCAGCAGUGAAAAAUUGUGGCUCGAAUUUUCAUCAAGAAGUGGCAAAUAAAGAUUUUAUGGAAUUUAUGAAAACACAGAUACGCGAUCGACCAGAAGUUAUCCGAAACAAGCUACUUGAACUAAUUCAAGUUUGGUCUCAUGCUUUUCGAAAUGAUACUGAACUAAAGGCUAUUCAAGAUACAUUUAACGUUCUUAAGAUAGAAGGAUAUUCAUUUCCAGAAUUUGCAGAAUCCGAUGCUAUGUAUAGAUCGGAAGUACCACCAGAAUGGAAAGAUGGAGAUAAUUGUUUUAGAUGUCGAACUCCUUUCAGCCUUACUGUAAGGAAGCAUCACUGUCGUCAUUGUGGACAGGUAUUUUGCAAUAAAUGUUCAUCAAAACAAUGCCCAAUACCGAAAUUUGGAUUUGAUAAGGAUGUUAGAGUUUGUGAACCUUGUCAUGAUGUUCUUACAAAAGGCUCCUCCUCAAAAUAUUCUGAAAACCAGACGGAUUUACCAGCUGAAUAUAUAUCUUCUGCGUUGUUUAAAGAGUCGCAAAAACCUCAGGUUGACCAAACCGCAAUUGAUCGAAAAUUCGAUGAGGAAACAGAAUUGGCAAUAGCUUUAAGCAAGUCUUUGGAGGAAUCAGCAGCAAAAUUGAACGUCACGAUUCCACAAAAUAGUACAACUUCUAAAAUUCCAUCAGCUGAGACAAGCGAAAUGGACCCUGAACUUAGAAGAUACUUAGACACUGAUUAUUGGAAGGAAAAAGCAAAGCAGACUGUGAAUUAUGAAACUAAAGGUAGUAAUAGUGCGGUAAAUGGAGAAUCAGCAACUCUUGCACCUAGUACUUCCCAACCCUCCGCCCCAGAAGUUAUAUUAACUGGUGCUACGAGUGAGGAGGAGGAAGAAUUUUUGAAAGCUUUACGAAGAUCUGUUGAAAUUUUUGUCAACAGAAUGAAGUCGGAUGCUGCAAGAGGACGCUCGAUUGCUCAUGACUCGUCUGUGCAAACUCUUUUCUCUACAAUCGCUGCGAUGCAUCCGAGACUUAUGGCCCUUAUGGCUGAACAAGAAGAACGAAGAGCAUACAUGGAAAGUUUACAAGAUAGAUUAAUGCAAAUGAAGGAUGCAAGAGAAGCCCUUGACGGUCUAAGAGAAGAAGAGAAAGAGAAACGUAGGAAGGCUGCUGAAGAAGCUCAAAAACAGAGACAGUUAGCAAUGAAUGCUAAGUUAGCAGAAUACAGGGCAAGAAAAUAUGACUAUUUAGAAAUGCAAAGACAGCAAUUCCACCAACGAAUGAUGGAACAAGAGAGAGAAUUGGCUGCAAGAAUACAACAACAUAGGGAGAUGCAACAAGUUAGAAAUAUGCAAUGGAUUCCAGGAGCUCCUGUACCCGCAAACAUCCCUCAAAAUAUGGCACCAGCGAAUUAUGGAAUGCCACCUAACGUGAGGCCUAAUGCGCAAAAUGUUUCGCAACCGCAAAUGAUGCCACCCAACAAUCAAAUGUAUGCUCCGACUGAUCCACAAAUGAUGCAGAGUCAAGUUCCUGGUAAUCAGUAUCCUCCUCCGGGAUCAGCUGUUCCCAACAUGGUUCCUGCAUCAGAAACUUCUCCAAUGCAUCAGCCAGGGUUUACUCAUAUGCCUCCUCAGAAUAUGGUUCCACCUGGUGGCAUGGGACCACCACAGGGUCAAUACGUUCCUCAAAUGGGAGUCGAUCCAAAUCAGGUCUAUCAGUUCCAGCAACCCCAUCCCCAACAACAGCAACAACUCCCUCAACAGCAUCCUAACCCUGUUAACCAGAUGAGUUCAGGUCCUCAGCAAGCUCCGCCACCACAAGAUAAUCAGCAAUUAAUUUCUUUCGAUUAA